UGUGUUUAUUGAUAUAGUUACUUCCAGGUGGUACACUGUAAAAAAAUAAAAUAAAAUGGAAAAUGGCAGACAUGAGUAAAGCAGAAAAGUUAGCAGCUGCAAGGCGAAAGCUCAAGGAGUUCCAGCAGAAAACCAAAGAAAACUCUACUCACCCAGUGAGAGAUGUGGACAAGAAAGAAAGUAACGUGACAGCAAGCCCUAGAGAUGAGAUUACCAUGGGAGGGAACUCUGUUUUCGACUCUGGGCCAACACUGGAGAACAGUGUUUUGAAGGAACAUGUAGAUACUAUACAGGAUUUAUCAUCAAUGAACCAUGUUAAUGUAACUGAAGAAAGCCUCAUGCCUUUUAGUUCACCAGUAGAAGUCUUUCCAAGCACUUUGACAACAGAAAACAGUAUUAAUGCCAAUGAUUAUACAUCUAACGGCCGAGAAAUAGUAGCGGAAAGCAAACCACCAGAUUUUCACCCCGAAAAAACGGAACUAGAAUCGAAGCUGGUGUUCCCUGAGCAGGAAGAUUCGACACAGUCAAAUUUUUUUGAGCAGUACAUGCCAUCCGGGACAGAUGUGUCACCUGACAAUCCGCCAAGUAACAUGUUUGUAGCCAACAACUUUUUCGACAGCGUCUCGAACUUCCCCUCGCUAGACGUAGUGCCGCAGUCGCCCGCCGAGACAGGAGAGGAAACACAGUCAGUUGCGGCGGACGGGACGCGGGAAGCUGCCGCGCCGGAGGGAGCAGACGUCCUUCCCAACGGGGACCACGCAGAGAGCAGGGACGGCGCGGAGCGGCCCGGGGGGGCAGAGGCCCUGGCGAGCCACGGACGGUCCAGCACGGAGAGCCUGCGCCAGCUGUCGCACCAGAUCAGCGACCUCAUCGGGGAGAGCGCCGACGCCGCGCCCCCGGGGGGGGAGCCCUUGGAGCUGGAGCGUCGGAACCAGGAGCUGGCGGCGUCGCUGGCCGCCGAGAGACAGACCAGUGAGCAGCUGCGACAGCAACUCAGAGAACAUCAGUCGCGAGCGAGCCAGCUGCAGCUGGAGGCAGACGAGCUGCGGACGCAGUGCGACGUGCGUCUGGCCCGCGAGGUGGGCCCGCUGCAGGAGCAGCUGCAGCUGCACGUGCAGACGCUGGGGCUGCUGGUGGGGGAGAAGACUGAGCUGCAGGCCGCGCUCGGCCAGAGCCAGCUCACCGCCAAGCAGAAAGCAGCCGAGUGCGAGGAGCUGCAGGGGCGCCUGAGGUCCCUGGGACAGCUGGAGAAGGAGCUGGCGCUGGUGUCGGAGGGCUCCAAGCAGCUGGAGAGGGCCAACGCAGACCUGAGGCUGGAGCUGGACCGGGCCAGGGCCGAGCAGGGCCUGCUGAGGCGGCGGGGGGAGGAGGCGGAGGAGGAGGCGGGGGAACUGCAGCGGCGACUGCAGGCCAAGAGCAGCGAGUGCGCUGCGCUGCGGGAGGAGUGCCGGGAGAAGCAGUCUCAGCUCGCUCUGACGCAGCUGCGAGUGCAGCAGCUGAGCACGCCGGACAGCCCGGAGACGAGCAGCCAGCUGGAGACCCUGCACCGGCGGAACGUGUCGCUGGAGGGGCAGUUGGCGGAACUGCAGCAGGUGGUGCGUGCCGCGGCGGCCGAGCGGGACCAGGCCAGCCUACAGUACCAGCAGUACGUGCAGCAGCUCAACUCCCAGCUGCACAGCAUCGCGGCUAAGCUGGAGGCUGCGACGGCAGAGAGCGAGCAGCUGAGGGCCCGCGAGCAGGGCCUGGUGCGCCACGUCUCCGAGCUGGAGAAGCAGCUGCAGCUGCAGUCGCAGUCGCAGCGCACGCCGGAGGCGACGCGGCAGCUGGAGCAGAGGCUGGAGGCGCUGGAAGGCGAGAAGCGACAGCUCGCGCUGGCGUUGGACGCUCAGGAGCGGGAGAUGGCGGCCCUGCGGGAAGAGCUGGAGGAGAGGGGCGGGAGGCUGGAGGAGCUGAACCUGUGGGUGGAGAAGCUGCAGUCGGGCCAACCCGACAGGGACCGGCUGCUGGCGGCCAUGGAGAGCGACAAGGUCGCCGCGGCCAGGGCCGUGACUCAGAACCAGCAGCUCAAGCAACAGCUGGAGGAGCUGCAGGAGGGCUUCGUGAGGAUGAGCAACAACAAGCUGGAGCUGACGGAUAAGCUGCAGUACGAGCAACACGUCAGCAAGGAGCUGGGUGAGCGUCUGGCGCAGCAGGAGUCGGAGCUCGACGAGCUGAGGAAGGCCGUGGAGGGCAGGGACCGGCGAAUCGCGUCGCUGGAGCAGAGCUCCCGGGAGCUGUCGACUCAGGUGCUGCAGAACCACCAGAUCGCGGACCGCAUGCGCCACUACGAGGCCCAGGGACACUUCUCCGACAUGCUGCAGCAGGAGCUCACACAGGCCAAGGAGCGCAUAGAGAAGCUGGCCGCCCAGAACUCUGAGUUGCAAGCGCUGCUGGCGCAGAGAGACGCGAGGCCCGGCGAGACAGCGUCCGGAGCCCUCGAGGGAGACGGUCGCAGAGACGCGAUGCUGGAGUCGCUGUCUGCCAGCGUGAGCCAGCUGGAGCUGGAGAGAAACCAACUUCUGGAGCAAUUACGAGAGAAGUCUGUCGCUUCAGCUGACAACCCGGAGGUGGCUGACAGUGAGGAUUUGAAGAAACGGUACGAGACGAUGAAGCAAGCCAUGGAGCAGCUGGAAGACAGGUUUGCCAACAAGAUGAGAGACGUUGCGGAACUGUCCGACGAGAAACAGAGGCUCGAGCAUCUUGUCCUCCAACUCCAAGGAGAAACUGAAACCAUAGGGGAGUACAUAGCGCUGUACCAGGUGCAGCGCAGCGUGCUCCGGCAGAGGGCCCGGGAGAAGGACGAGCAGCUGACGAGGCUGGCCGAGGACAGGGAGGAGCUGCGAGCCAAGCUCGACAGCCUGAACGGCCUGGUGCGGCAGCUGCUCUCGCACAAGGAGCACAGAGUCCUAAACGAAACACCUUCCGUGCAUCAAGGGAUUCCAAAUGGUUUGGUUGAAGGCGACCUUGUGCCUCAAAUAGAAAAAGGCAAGCAUGGCGAAGAUGUGGCAUCUGAGAAAGGUAGAGUCCCGGCGGAUAAAGCCACCGCUCAGAAAAUAAUUGAACUGUUGACAGAGAUAAAAUCGACCACUCUGGUGGACCCUCAAAGCAGUGAAAACUUCCACCCCUGUCCCUGGUGCUCAGGCCAACUGAAGAACGUGUAGUUAGUUCAUAUGUGUAUUUGUACAGUGCUUGUUCUGAUAUUUGCUAUUAUGUUACCAUUGUUUGUACAGAGAGAGAUUUAAUAUUGUACAUACAGGUAUUUUAUCAAUAAAUUCACAUUCCUGAAAUGUGAUUACAGUGA